AUGUACUGGUACUUCCUUGGUCGUUACACGCCCGAAUUACACGCCUCUCCCGCACCGUUUGAUGGAGAGGCUGCACAAGCUCGGGCCUUCCGGGUUCGCGUAUGUACUGCCUUCUUGAGACCCGACCCGGCAUAUCCGCCUCCAAAGUCGGGCACCCAACAGAUGAGUGAAAAAGCGACGCGGAAGCUCACUCAACCGUGGACGCAUUUCCCUCCGUGA